UGCGCGCAGAAGCGCCCGCACCAGACGGGGCUUUGAAAGCUUAUGGCGUCAAGUCGGUGUUUGCUGCUGCUUCGUAUACGUUUUCUUCAUUCAUUCAACACAUACCUCCCAAAGGCUCCCUACCUGCCAGGCAGCAGACACAAUACUAGAUGCUGGAAUACUAUGUGACCUACACCGAAGCGAACCCUGCCCCUCCACCCUUGAGGGUAGUUGGAAGGAAGUGAAAUAACUGGGCGAGUUACUUUUGUUAGGGUCGUCCCAAGAGGUGAUGUACCCAUUGACUUCCAGUCUAUGAAACAACCUGGCUUGUGAGAAUCUGGAGAAAAGCAACCACAUUCGUUUGUUCAGCCAGUUUUUCACUGAAGUCUACCAUACAUUGAGCGUCCCGAUGGGAUGAGGUAAAAUGCUUCUUCACAAAAUAAUUGAUGGCAUUUGUGGUCGAGCUUAUCCUGUGUACCAAGAUUAUCACACUGUUUGGGAAUCAGAAGAAUGGAUGCACGUUUUAGAAGAUAUUGCCAAAUUUUUUAAAGCUGUAGUUGGUAAAAACUUAUCUGAUGAAGAGAUAUUUCAGCAGUUGAAUCAGUUGAAUUCAUUUCAUCAAGAAACUAUCAUGAAAUGUGUGAAAAGUAGGAAAGAUGAAAUCAAACAGGCUCUGUCAAGAGAAAUAGUUGCUAUUUCCUCUGCACAGCUGCAGGAUUUUGAUUGGCAGGUAAAGCUUGCACUUUCCAGUGACAAGAUUGCUGCAUUACGAAUGCCACUUUUAAGCCUGCAUCUAGAUGUAAAAGAAAAUGGUGAAGUAAAACCAUAUUCUAUUGAAAUGAGUAGAGAGGAGCUGCAGAAUCUAAUACAUUCCUUGGAAGCAGCAAAUAAGGUGGUCCUGCAGUUGAAAUAACUGGCAAUGAUGAAUACCAGUGCUAUCAGAUUUUAUUGCUCCAACUUAUAUGGCAGAGUGAAUACUGUGUGUUCAGAAACGCUGUGAUGUCUUGACUGUUGCAACAGGCUGAGAAAGCAGCAAUGUUGAUAUUAUAAAGAUAAAAAUGUAUCCACAUUCCUUAACAGGAAAUUACAUGGUUGAGAGGAAAUGCAUAAAAUGAAAGAUGAAAAAUCUAUAGUAGCAGUUUAUAUUUUCAUGAUUGUUUUGCCUCAUUUAUUAAAUACUUGAGAAAUCUUUAGAGAUACACAGUUUUAUUGAAAGCUAAAAAUAGGUUCUAAAGUAAUGUAAAAAUGUAAAGCACAAAUAUACUUGAAUAUUGCUUAAAGAAUUAUGUGAAUAGCAACAUAUAUUAUGGGUAUAUAAUUACUUUGUGAUAUUUUUUAAAAGUUUUUCAAAGAAUGUAUAAGCUGCAUAUAUAACUCAGGAGAUUCCAUGUCUUUCUCAUAUUUCAGAGGAAAGAUUAUAAAAUCUAAAAUUUCUUAGAGAACACCUCUUUGUCAGAGAUAAACAAGAACAAAUACUCUAAACUUAUGUGAACAAUUUUGAGUUUAUGAAUUCUAGAAACUAAAGAAUACAGAAAAAUGAAAAUAACAGUUUUACUUCUGCACUUCUAUGUUUGGGAAACGUUGCUCUGAUAAAAAAUAGUUGCCAUUGUGCAGUGUGUGUAUUAUUCAAAUAUGAGAUAAGACUAUGUACAGGUCCACUUUUGUUAAUAAACUCAAUAUUGAAUACUUUUGAAUGUUAAAUUCAUUGGAAAAACAAACCAUUUGUAACCUCAGUUAACUUUAACAACAAGCAUUCUGAGCAAA